GCGGGGCCAAUAACCUCUGGCUGCAGAAUCGCUGCAAUCCGGCCCCGUGUUUGCGGAUGAUAAUGCGCCUUUCCAAAGCCCUGAUAGACAUGGAGAUGGCAGAUUACAGCGCAGCUUUAGACCCAGCUUACACUACUCUGGAGUUUGAGAACAUGCAAGUCCUGGCAAUAGGCAAUGAUACCUCCCCCUCGGACGCAGCAAGCCUCAACGCCUCCAACAGCAUCGGGGCCAGCGCCUUGUGUGCCAUCUGUGGGGACCGGGCCACUGGGAAGCACUACGGAGCCUCCAGCUGCGAUGGCUGCAAAGGCUUUUUCAGGAGAAGCGUCAGAAAGAACCACAUGUACUCUUGCAGGUUUAACAGGCAGUGUGUUGUGGACAAGGACAAAAGAAACCAGUGUCGAUACUGCAGGCUAAAGAAAUGUUUUCGAGCAGGAAUGAAGAAAGAAGCCGUACAGAAUGAACGUGAUCGAAUCAGCACCCGUCGAUCCAGCUAUGAAGACAGCAGCUUGCCUUCCAUCAACGUUUUACUGCAAGCAGAAGUCCUUUCACAACAGAUGUCAUCGUCCAUUUCCGUGAUCAGUGGAGAUAUCAGAGGGAAAAAGAUUGCCAACAUUGCGGAUGUCUGUGAGUCUAUGAAGCAGCAGUUGUUAGUGCUGGUGGAGUGGGCCAAGUAUAUCCCAGCCUUCUGUGAGCUUCCUCUGGACGAUCAGGUGGCUUUGCUACGGGCACACGCAGGAGAACAUCUCUUACUGGGAGCGGCCAAGCGGUCGAUGAUCUUCAAAGACAUCUUACUAUUAGGAAAUGAUCACAUAAUCCCCAGGAACUGUCCGGAAUUGAUGGAGGUCAGCCGUGUGGCCGUGCGGAUCCUGGAUGAGCUUGUGUUGCCUUUCCAGGAACUGCAGAUUGAUGAUAACGAAUAUGCGUGUUUGAAAGCCAUCAUCUUCUUUGAUCCAGAUGCUAAAGGCCUCAGCGACCCCACCAAGAUCAAAAGGAUGCGGUACCAAGUCCAAGUCAGCCUGGAGGACUACAUCAAUGACCGGCAGUACGACUCCCGGGGACGCUUUGGAGAGCUGCUUCUCCUGCUGCCGACCCUCCAGAGCAUCACCUGGCAGAUGAUAGAGCAGAUUCAGUUUGUCAAGCUCUUCGGCAUGGCCAAGAUCGACAACCUGCUGCAGGAGAUGCUGCUAGGGGGGUCGUCGAGUGAUACUCCUCAUGCUCACCAUCAUGCUCUGCACCCACACCUUAUCCAGGAGAAUCUAGGUACAAACGUCAUUGUGGCCAACACAGUGCCAGCUCAAAUCCACAAUGGGCAGCUGUCCACUCCUGAAACUCCUCAACCUUCCCCACCUUCCGGCUCAGGAGUUGAACAAUACAAACUGCUUCCUGGGGCCAUCGCAGCUGUAGCCAAACAGCCCAGCUCGAUCUCUCAAACCACCAUCACAAAGCAAGAGGUUAUCUAGCAUCCAACUCAAUGGAUCCA